GCCUACCAGUGUUGUGUUGGUACAAUGCUAAACGACAGAAUGGCAUUAUGCGAUGUGCUCAGCCUUUACCUGGUGCCAUGGGAAAGUACUCCGUUCAUGAUGAAGACGUGAUCAAAGCAGCAAGGUUAACGUGCCCGACAGAAGACCUUGUCAUAUUCGACGCCAGAUCAAGAGUUGCUGCAGGCGGAAACAUGCUCAAGGGCAAGGGCACAGAAGACACAGUGAACCGCUACAAGUCGUGCAAGUUGCUCUUUCUGGACAUUGCCAACAUUCACGCUAUGAGAGAGAGUAUAGACAAGCUUCACAAAGUCUGUUGUAACCCUUCCAACACACACUGGUUUUCACAGCUGGAGUCCAGUCAAUGGCUCAACCACUGCAGCUCCGUGCUUAGAGGUUGUUACGUGAUAGCAAGGCAUGUUGAAGACCGCGGUGUAAUGGCAAUGAUCCACUGCAGCGAUGGAUGGGAUAGAACCUCGCAACUCAGCUCUCUUGCCCAGCUUCUCCUAGACUCCUUCUAUCGCACGUUUGAUGGAUUCAAGCUGCUUGUGGAGAAGGAAUGGCUGGCGUUUGGGCACAAGUUUGAGCAUCGCCUUGGUCACCCUAUGCACCCAAGUGAGCGAUCUCCUGUUUUCCUCCAGUUCCUGGAUUGCACCUGGCAGAUUCUUCACCAGUUCCCGACAGCGUUUGAAUUCAACGAGGAUUACUUGUUGGCCAUUGCUAAUCAUCACAACACUGGAUGGUUUGGCACAUUCCUGUGUAACAGCAAUCAAGAACGUCACCGUACGUUCACAAACAAAGCGUGUGUAUCACUUUGGGCGUAUCUGGAUGCUCAGCGUGGUCCUCUCCUCAAUUCAACAUUUGUGGAGACGACUGAGCUGCUGAGACCGCAGACCAGUCUACGUCGUAUGCAGCUAUGGUUCACCUAUCUACUGCAGUAUGAUGAAGCAUCGCUAGCAGCUAGGUCAGACAUGGACGAAGACUCUCCGCAGAUACCAUCGAAAUCCAGUGAUACAACGGUUGUUGUGUGGGUGCCGAACGAACGCGCACCGCAGUGUCAUGAUUGCCAUCAGAACUUCACUACGUUACGCCGCAAGCACCAUUGCCGUGGCUGUGGUCAGGUGUUCUGUGGAGAGUGUACCAGACAGCGCAUUCGUUUGCCCAAGUUUGGUUAUUACAAACCAGAGCGUGUUUGCGAUAACUGCUUCCACAUCUACGCAGAUGAUGAUGCGGAUGCUUCUGAGCCUACAGACACAGUAACUACUCCUACAACAUCCUUUGACCAGUGCCUUAGUGCCUGAGUACCAGAGCUUCUAUUUACCCUUGAGCAAUGAGCACCACAGGUCCUAUGUACCCUUGAGCAAUGAAUGCUAGAUCUGCUAUGUAGUCUUGAACAAUGAGUGUUAGAUCU